CAAAGGAGGUGAAAGCCAUAUGUCUUGCCUGGGAUCUCAAGUCUGCAGUCUCCUGCGUCUGCGGCAGCAUCCUCCCAGGCCCUCCCCCUCCCCCUGUGUGCGGAUGGUAUGCUCCGGUAAGCCUGGCCCGGCUGCAGUGGAUGGUGCUAGAAUCCACGCGGAGGAAGGAAGAGACGCAGGCAGGCGGCAGUGACCCAAGCGGCCACCCCUACUUCAGGAACCCCUUCCUUGAGAGAAGACACCAUGACCCAGGGAAAGCUCUCUGUGGCUAACAAGGCCCCCGGGAGUGAGGGGCAGCAGCAGACAAACGGCGAGAAAAAGGAGGCUCCAGCAGUGCCGUCAGCACCGCCCUCCUAUGAGGAGGCCACCUCUGGAGAUGGGCUGAAGGCAGGGGUCUUCCCCCAGGCCCCAACGGCUGUGCCUCUCCAUCCAAGCUGGGCCUAUGUGGACCCUAGAAACCAUGAGCUCUUCACCACCUACAGCUGGGAUGACCAGAAAGUUCGCCGGCUCUUCAUCAGAAAGGUCUAUGCCAUCCUGUUGGUCCAGCUGUUGGUGACGUUGGCUGUUGUGGCUCUCUUUACCUUUUGUGAUGCCGUGAAGGACUACGUCCAGGCCAACCCAGGCUGGUACUGGGCAUCCUAUGCUGUGUUCUUUGUAACUUACCUGACUCUGGCUUGCUGCUCUGCACCCAGGAGAUACUUCCCUUGGAACCUGAUUCUGCUGACCAUCUUUACCCUGUCCAUGGCCUAUCUCACUGGGAUGCUGUCCAGCUACUACAACACCACAUCUGUGCUGCUGUGCCUGGGCAUCACGGCCCUCGUCUGUCUCUCCGUCACCAUCUUCAGCUUCCAGACCAAGUUUGACUUCACCUCCUGCCAGGGAGUGCUGUUCGUGCUGCUCAUGACCCUUUUCUUCAGUGGAUUCCUCCUAGCCAUCCUCCUGCCCUUCCAAUACGUCCCCUGGCUCCACGCCGUCUAUGCCGUGCUAGGAGCGGGCUUGUUCACGUUGUUCCUGGCUUUAGAUACCCAGUUGCUAAUGGGUAACCGUCGCCACUCACUGAGUCCCGAAGAGUAUGUUUUUGGAGCCCUCAACAUUUACUUAGACAUUAUCUAUAUCUUCACCUUCUUUCUGAGCCUUUUUGGAACCAACCGAGAAUGAGGAGCCCUCCCCAUCCCCAGCCCCCUCCAGAGAAUGUCCCUUCCGUGUCCUGUUACCCCGUCUGUGCUCCAGCAAGUCCAGACAUAAACUUGCUGCAGCCAGCUUGCGAGCAGCCGCUCUCUCCUGCAGCCAGCCCUCGCCUUACCUUCUGCAGCUUGUACAAACGCCAUCCUUGGAGCCCUACAGAUCUGAGGCCACACCAUCCCCUGUGGUGCCCCUGGCACCCAAUUACAUCUUCCAAACGGGACAGUCAAGGCUGAGGGCAUCUCUGGAUUUGCAGACCCAGCGAGUGAGUAGGAGGAAGCCCCUCAGAGGUGGGAAGGAGACCCCAGAAAACCUAGCUGAGACUGCGACCCCCACCGAGUCUUCUAGGGCUUCAUUUUCUCUUUCAGAUUGAGCAACCACACUUUGUAAAGAAAGAGGCUGAGGGGACACGGCUGGACCAUGAGGACAGGGCACUGUGGUGUGGGGGUAAAGCUGACCCAGGCUGUCCUUCCCACAGCUCUUAGGGCUAGUAGCUAGUUAGGGACCUGGGCAGUAUAAAGGGGGUAGGAACGCUUCCACGACUCAGCUUAGUUUACCCUCCUAGGUCAUAGGACAGGGGGAUGCCCCUAAGUGUGGGCCUGUCCUGAGCUCCCAGGCAGGGGAAGGCAAGCUGGGAGGACUAAACAGGGGGGCAGUGGUCCACCAGACUGCAUGCACUGAGAAGGCAGGACUAACCCCCGUCUCUCUUUCCACCCUGUGCUGUCCCCGCAGACCUGAGGGGGAAGUGAGGCCAGGAGGCCGGGUGGAAGCUCCUGGACCAGGGGCUGCCUUUACUCCUUCCACAGUUUCCUAACCCUUCCUCUGUCUUCUGCUACAUCCUGUCUUACCUCCAGCAGGGCGUCCUGAGGCCCUAGGAGUUGAGGCCCCCACAUCCCUUGCCCAGCUUUCCAGGCCACUCAGCCCAGAGUCCCUGGCCCCCUUAUCUCCUCCACAUCUUUGUAAUCUGGAAGCUGCCCAGCUCAUGGUCACAGCCAGGGCCAAUCCCUUGAGCCUGUCCCAUGUGAUGAGGCCAGGGAUCUCAGGCGGAGACUGCGUCAGCCACCCUGUCCUGGCUGAGUGCCUGCUGGAGAGGGGACCAGGGGGCCACACCUGGGGCAGCAUGCAGCCCACAUGUACAUGGCCAGCUCUAGGCCAGUGGAAAGUUACUGGGUGGAGACUAGGAGGCUCUGUUUGCCCCCAGGAGAGGGGACUGGGUAGCCUAGCCAUUCCUGUCCCUCCCCACCCUUUCUACUUGCAGCCUUCAAGAAAUAUGACAGAGGCAUUUGAGAUUUUUCUCUAUCUUGGAUAUUUGAGAAAGGAAGAAACUAAGAACUGGGGUGGGGGUAGUGUGAGGGGUAGUUGGGGUGAGUGAUGGUCUAAAUGAGCCCACUGCCGCAGUCCAGAAAGGGGGGGUCUUGCAAUGGUGAUCAUCACUUCCCCAUUGCAGAGGCAAAGCCAAGUGAUGACAAGUCCAUUGUCAUCUAGUAAACCCGGGGGUCAGCCCGCAGCUGCUUGUUUCAGGAGCCCUCCAGUCUGAGUCUGGGCUGCACUGAGGCUUGUGUGCCCCAUAGAUGUUGGUGAUCAAACCCUGGCAUCUCUGGGGGGUUUGUUAUUCCCACCACCACCCCCUGCCCCACCCCAUGUCACCCAGCCCGGCGUUCCAAGAUGCUGAACUGAGGUUUUCACUCCCUGGAAGUCAGCUGCCAGGCAGGGCCCCUGGCUUCUGAUCUGGCCUUGCCACCCACAGACGUGUGUUUUGUCUGUGACUCUGUUUCCAUAUCUGCAAGAUGAGCGUCUCCAGUCAGUGUCAAUGCAGGGCCAGAGAGGCAUCAGUCACUUCCACUGGGGUGCCUCUCCUAAUUCUCUCACUUCAGUUCUAGAAAGGCUUCAAGUCCCUUCCCGCUGACCUGCCACCCUCACGGCCAGUUUCCCAGAACCCACUUGUCCAGGUCCUCCUCUUCUGAGAUAAUCUGUGCAGAGACUAAGGAUUGAGAAAUUUUUCCAAGACUAAAUUCCAAAAAUCGGGGGGAGGGGCAAGCCCCGGGCCAUAAAUAAAGUGACCGGGAGACUAAUCACAGUUAUCUCAAAGAUGGCUUGGCUUGGCGGUGGGGAGCCUGCCACGGGGUUUGCUUCAGUCUGCCACCCCGCCUGCAGCUAAACUGGCAGUGGAGCCAGAGAAAGCCUGGGUGUCGACCCCUGAUAGAGCAGUGAAGAGUCCCGGGACACCUGGGUGGGUCUUGGCAGGAGGAAGGGUGGGAACAGGAACGCAGGACUAUGAGGAAUGCGGGAUUAUGAGAAACAGAAGCUGGGCAGGUGCGGCAAGCUGUGGAGGAGGAAGGACUCCCGCUGGUCCCUCACAUUUUUCGCUCGGGUGGGGCCGGACCCACGACGGGGAAGGUUGAAUUUCAUAAGGCUAGAGGGAGCCAGGAAUCCAUCAAUGACGAGAGUGCGCAAAGUCCUCCAGGGCAGCGUGACAGACAAGGAGGUCCUGGGAAGGAGUAGCCACAUGAAAUCCCUCACUCCCCAUAUCAAUUCUAGGAUCCGUGUAAAGCUCUUUCGGUGUAGCCUGAGGAAGACACAAGAUUAAAAAUCUUGGUUCUUCCAUCCCAUACCCUUCUCCUGUGGGAAUUAGGGUCCCUCAAGCACCCUUAUUUCAAAAGAUUGAGAAGGGGGGGGUCAAGUUGGGAAUUUUACACAAGGACCAUGCUGCCCCCUUCUGGCUGUUAGAGAGAAAGCAGAGUCUGACUUUUCAGGGAGGGAUUCUGUCCCUGGUGGCAGUGCAGAGGGGCAGGAUUUGUGGCCCCUGCCCAGAGUGUUGUCAGAGGACAGAGACCCAUCUGCCACACACCCAGACAGUGCUGCCCUUUUGGCCUCAGCUCCCACAAGCUCCCCAGGGUCCCGCCCGUGUGUCCUUCUCUGACCUCGGCCACUGAGAACCUGUGACUGAUUGGAAAUAAGAAUAAAAGCAUUUACUAAGACA